AAACAAACAAAGAGCACUCAUCGAAAGUAACGAAACCAACCUACGAAUCAAAGAUUGAUUAAACGGCGCAUUUAUUUCCUAUAAAGAGUGCAGUUAUCACGCUCUCAACCAUUUCAUUUCUUCCAACACAUUCUUUCUUCCUCUCUUCUCUUCAGAUCUCUCUUCUCUUCUCUAAUGGCUUCCUUCACUGCAACCUCUUUCUCCCUCACCUCAUUCAACACAACAAAAACACUGGUACCUGGUUGCAGGAUCUCUAACUCUGGUUCAGCUUUGGUUUCUCUCAAGGGGAGAACUUUUCCACCCAUUAUUCUGCAGAGUAGAGUACCUCGCUUCCAAAUUGCAUGUGCUGCCAAACCAGAAACUGUAGAGAAGGUUUGUGACAUAGUGAAGAAACAAUUGGCAUUACCAGAUGGAUCUACUGUCACCGGAGACUCCAAAUUUUCUGCACUUGGAGCAGAUUCUCUUGACACGGUGGAGAUUGUGAUGGGUCUGGAGGAGGAAUUUGGUAUCAGUGUGGAAGAAGAAAGCGCGCAGAACAUUAGCACCGUUCAAGACGCAGCAGAUAUGAUUGAUAAGCUGCUUGAAAGCAAGAGUGCUUAAACCACCAGCAAAGUUAUUUUGCUGAAGAAUCUUAAAUUUUAUAUUUGGUUUUUUGUGUUUUCUGUGUUUCAUUGGUCUUCAAUUAAAUGCUACGUGGUUUUUAAAUAUUGAAAUUUAUCUUACUUUUUA